GACGUCAAUCGUGCUUGACGAAUGAAAUCCAAAUGAAAAGUGAAAAAAAAAGCUCCGAGAAGCGCGCUCUCGAACCACGCGGUCAAUCAGAAAUUGGCAAAGGCAAACAUCGGCAAACGGGGGAUUUACGAUGGCGCACGGCGGAUGUAAUCGAGCUGUCAUCGCUUGUCUCGCCAAGGGGUAGAAUACUUGGGGGUGUUUGGAUCUGAUAUAAAAGCGCUCCGGGAAUUCAGCCAUAAUUCUCACUGGUUGACGGGUCUGGCAGCCAUCGACAGAGCCGCACCUCGACAGCACACUAAUUAGACUUUUCGAGACAUCCUUUAAUCAUAAUCUCCCAUCGCAAUAAUGCCUUCAACCAAAACCAUCCUCACCGGCCUCCUCGCCUCCACCGCCGCCUUGGCCAAGAAUGACACUUCCUCCGUCCCCAACACGGUUCCUUCUCUGUGGGACGGCGAGUGCUUCUACCCGACGCCCGACAUUGGCUUCGACACCAAGUCUUACCUGGGCCGCUGGUACCAGGUCGCGGGGACCGUUGCGCCGUUUACGGCAAGCUGCAAGUGCAUCUAUGCGCAGUAUGCUCUGAACGACAACGGCACAAUCCAGGUCAACAACACCUGCGAGGCCGGGGGCCGCGCCGUCAACAUCCUCGGCACCGCGGAACCGGCAGACCCCGGCUACGGCGCCAAGGGUGCCCUCCGCGUGCAGUUCCCGGGACAGCCGGGACCCGCCUGCUCCGGGCCUAACUAUGUGGUUCAGGAUUACACUGGCGACUUUGCCCUUGUCCAGACCUACAACUUUAGCACCCUCUUUGUCCUCAGCCGCAACCAGCACCCAGAGGAGGCCGUCCUUGAUGCUUGGAUUAAGCGCGCUGGAGCACUUGGCUCGGAUCUGUCCGACGUCAUCAAGAACGACCAGACAAACUGCUCCUUUACGUGACUGGAUGGUCAUGAGCAAGUGCGGUUCGAACAGCUGGUGAUGGAAUUAUAAAGUUCUCAUCUCCUUGUUAGAUUUAGCAGCGAUGUCAAGUCCGCAGUGACUAAAAUAAAAUCAACAUAAGAGAAUAUUAAUGUGACUAGAUGUCUAUGCAAUGAUCUAAAGUCCUUCCAAA